CGUGUACACAUAAAGACAAAUCUUCCUCCCUAUAUAAAUCCAGAAACCUUAUAUUCUAUUUCCCAUCUCUUGCUUUCGUUCACAGUCACAACCGAUUCCCUGAUCUAGGGUUUUACAAUGCAGUCUGAAACCAGCAGAAAAUUUCGACCUGAGGAUUAUUCGCACGAAAAACUUUAUUAUGAUGAUUGCUAUAAGAUAGUCGGUCCUGAUUAUGUUUUCCACCCUAGUGAUGUUCAAAUUAUUGUAGAUUACUUGAUCAAAAAAAUCAAGAACCAGGAUAUGCCUCUCCAUUGGAUUAAACUUGCUAAUGUAUACGAGAUCGACCCAGAGAAACUUGCUGAUGAAUAUGGGCAGACUACAAUGAAAAUUUGGUACUUUUUUACAAUAAGGGAUAGAAAAUACCAAAAUGAGAAAAGAAGUGUAUCUACAAUUGAUGGGUAUUGGCAAGUAGAAGGAGAUGAUGAAAACAUCAAAGAAAAUGAUGAAACCGUUGGAUUUCGAAAGAAAUUUCAAUUCUAUAAGGGAAAAUCUGAAAGCAGUACUAAGACAUGUUGGAUUAUGUAUGAAUUUAGAGCAAUUGAUCCUUUGCCCCCGAGAUACAGUCAUGUUGAAGGACAAACCAAGUUGGAGAAGGAUUGGGUUUUGUGCAAAAUAUGCAACACUGAGAUUGAUUCAGAAUCAGGCGAAACGGCCGAAGACCCAGAUUAUGUCACCGAUGAGGAAGAAGCAGCUCCAUGAAGAAGAAUAUGUGGGAUGUUUAUUUGAUGUUUGUUUGCUAUCAAGUUUCUAAGUAAAAGAUUUUAAUAGGUUAUGAGUAUUAUCCAAUUUCUGUAGUUGACUGUUUGUUCGUUCAUCUUAAAAGCAUUCCUCUGCUUAGAAUAAGAUCCCAUCUUGUUUUAUUGAUUUA